CCCCUGGUGGAAGGGUCCUGAUCCAAGCCCCUGGGAUGCCGAGGACCCCUCGGGCGUGCAACCCGCUCGGUUUAGCAGCACGGCGGGACUGAGCUUCCGAGCUGCGCGCAGAGCCGGGCGCCCCCUGGCGCGGAGCCAGGCCAGGCGGGCGUGCGACUGGCGUGCGACACUGCAGCGCUGGUCAUAUGAGCAGAAAGGAUGAGAAGAACACUUUUUAAUCUUUUCGCACUUGCUCUGCCCGCUCAAACAGUUGCAGGAUGUCGAUGACAGACUUGCUCAGCGCUGAGGACAUCAAGAAGGCGAUAGGAGCGUUUGCUGCUGCAGACUCCUUCGACCACAAAAGGUUCUUCCAGAUGGUGGGUCUGAAGAAAAAGAGCCCGGAUGAUGUGAAGAAGGUGUUCCACAUUCUGGACAAAGACAAAAGUGGCUUUAUCGAGGAGGAUGAGCUGGGGUUCAUUCUGAAGGGCUUCUCCUCAGAUGCCAGAGACCUGUCUGCUAAAGAAACAAAGACACUGCUGGCCGCUGGGGACAAGGAUGGGGACGGCAAGAUUGGAGUUGAAGAGUUCUCCUCCCUGGUGGCUGAAAGCUAAAUGGCGCUGACUGCCCGGGUCUCCCACCCCUCCACCCCCAACGCCCCAUCUCAGCCCUUCUUGCGGCCCUCCUGAGUUUCUGUUCGGUUUGUUUAUGUUAUUUUUUACUCCCCCCAUCCUCUAUGGCCCUUGAAUGAACACCAUUCUUCUGGAAAAUGCUGGAGAAACAAUAAAGGCUGUACCAAUCGGA